AUGCAAAGUGUGAAGGAACACUAUAAGGUCUUGAAUGAUAAACCUUUUUUUCAAAACUCAGUAGUUUCAUAUUUGAAUCCAAAUCACAUUAAUCCAUGCAUUAUUUUAACUCCCAACAAUACUAUUGCGAAUAGAAAUAACAAUUCUGUUGUUUUUAUUAAUGAUUUAGGUGAAUGCAGAGUCACUUACGACAUCAUCAAUUUUAAAAACUAUAAAACAGUUUAUCAAUUUAAUAGAAACAAUACUCUAAAUGUCAAAGAUUUCAAAUUCAUUGAGUUUAGUGGGGAAUUAAUUGCAAUUAUCGAUACUAACUAUAAAUUGCAUAUUUUAGAUAUUGCUUCCACUACCAACGAAAGUUCAAUGCUACUGGAAAUAUUUGAUUUUAACCCUGAAAAUAACAAAAUAAAACAAAUUCUAUGGCAUCCUUUAAGUACUAGGGUUUUAGUUUUGUUAAUGGAAGAUUCUUCUAUUGUCAAAUAUAACACGGUUACAGGCGAAACCAUUUAUUACAAUGAUUUUUCCGUAGUCAAUGAUAAUGAAGGUUCUUGUACAAGACUCAAUGUUUCUUCAAUAGCCCGCACAAAUAUCAACGUUUCUAAUGUGACAUUCAGUAAAAAUGAUGGCGGUUUAAGGCUAUAUCUACUAGACCAAGACGAAAAUGAUAUUUAUUCGAUUUAUCCAUUCUUUCCAGAAUCGACUUUUAAGUUGAAAAAAUCCAUCAUUCUUAAUAUAUUCGACACAAGUUGUUUACAAUACGAUUCCUAUUUAAAAGAUGAGACAAUUCCAUUUGAAAUCAAAAACAUUUUUAUUAGACAAUCGCAUUUUGUUUCUAAAUAUUUAUACAAUGCGUUGAGCGAUAUUGAUAAAGUUGGUGGUACUGAUGGUGUUAUUACGGACAAAUUAAUCAAUAUAGAAAUACCUGAGGCUUUUAAUACUAAGGAAUACGGUUUACAAGGUCCUUACAAGAUAGCACCAUUUCCAGAUCAUCUAUACAGUCAAACAGGAAAUCAGUUGUUAACUUUGGAUAUUGAAGAUGGCAACGAAUUACUUUGCAUUGGAUUUGACAAUUCUGGCUUUUUGCUAUGUUUUGCUGACUUGGACUCUCCGAUGUAUUGGUCUAGUACAGAUAUAUUUAAUUAUUCUGAUUUCAAUUGUUCCUUAACUAGCAUAGAAUAUCUUACCGUUCAAAACUGUAACAAAACUUCUACUGAAUUUAAAUGUAUAGCUCCACAUACAAUUGUAUCUCACUUACCAAUUGCAGCUAGUAUCGAGAAUGUUGGGAAUAAUAAUAGUAUUAGUACUGGCACUUAUUUUAUCGACACUUCUAGUUGGUCCAAAGUUUUCAGUGAAGCUAUUUCCAAACAAGAUUUUUCUCUACUAGAUGAUGAUACUUUGAAAGUAGUUUCCUCGAUUCAAAAUUUUGGCGAGAAGAAAAUCAUUUCUUGUGGGGGUAUCAAUUUAUCCAGUAGCGAAAACCAGCAUAUUGAUAUUAUCUGUACGUUAUCUGACGAAUCAGUGAUUUUGGUACAUACAAAGAAUGAACAAUUGGAAAAGGAAGAAACAACUUUGAAAAAACUACUGUUAUCUCAGGAACAAAAUGCUGAGGGACAAUCUCUAUUGUCUGUUUAUCAUCCAGCUUUCUCUAAACCUCUUGAUGGGAUUCUGAAUAUGCAACAUGAAUUAAAAAAAUCUUUACAACAAGAGAGUUUUUACAAGAACCAUGUUUUAUCUCCUUAUUUAGCGAAUACGUGUCUAUUAGAUAUCGACAUAGAAAGCGAAGAAUAUUUUAAGGUAAUAGGUAUUUUAUCAGAACAAUUAGGCGAUAGAUUGACACUAACUUCUAAUUUGGCCUAUGCUUUAUAUCAAAGGAUUAUGGAGCAACAGUAUGAAUUGCGUAGACAAUUAAGUUGUAAUAAUAUGAUAUUGAAUAAACAAGAUGAUUUCAAACAAAAAAAUAUGGAACAGGAGGAAAGACUGGCCAAAAUAGUCAAUGAAAAUGCUCAUCUCAGUGAAAGAAUUGAAUCUUUACAAAAAACCCUUAAAGAAAAAUUAGAAUUGUUACAAAAUAACAAUAACGAUAUGCCGUUAAAAACUGUGGAGAUAGAGUGGUUUAGAAGCUUGAAAAAUGAUAUUCUAGAGUUUAAUAAGAUGGUUUUAAAGCAACAAACCUUUAAAGAACAAUUAAGCUAUAUACAAGCUGAACUGAAAACGUACAAUGGCGCUGUUGUUGUUGAUUCCAAAAGGAAUAAUGACAUAUUUGAUUUUAAAGAGUUGCAAGAGCUAUUAAAAAUUGACGGUCAGAUAGUUAGACAAUGUAAUGAUGAAUUGGUGCACGCAGCUAAUGAGUUGGACAUUAAAUUGAAUGAUAGCAGUAUUUCUCCGUAA